AUGAUGGAGAACGUUGCAAUCCCAAUCCAUGUUUCGGCCUUUGUUCUCACGCCAGAGUGUGCUGAGAGCGAUGGCCCUGAUCGUAUUGGUCUCUUGACACAACCAAAUUAUAUGGGACUCCGGCUUGAUGAAGCUCUUAUGCAGCAUGACUUGGUGGAUCACGUUGAUUUUCAUCUCACCUCACCUGCGAAAACAAAUGCACGUCUGACGGAUAUUGGAGCUGCCCUUCAUGACGCCGAUCCUCCACCCUAUCGUCGCAACCGAAUGGGCGUGUAUCUCCACUGGAGCCUUCCAAGGUGUUAUAGAGCGGCCCGCAAGACAACUGAGAGUCGAAAUUCACCGGGGGCUCGUCCUGAUCAAGAGGAAGAUGAUUUAUCAACACCCCAGUUCCCCACGGUUCCAAAUCGAUGGCUCGUCGUACGAAGGUUGACAAGCCAGCGGAGCGACGAUGGCACGGUCCUGCCAGAAUUCCAAUCAUGGAUUGUGGAAAGUAAUAGAGUUCGAAGAAUUCAGGAUAUCGACGAAACUGUUGAUAUCGAGGUCGAAGUAAGCAACUUUAUGCGAGGCAACACAGAUCCAAGCGAUCCAGAUUGGAGAAAAGUACUGGAGCGACAAGCUGAGAUUUGUAUUGGCAAGCGAAAUGAGUACUCUGGAUGGUCAAACCCGGGUCCUAGAUGGAGAGAGGAAGAGCGAGGUGUCGAGAAUGAUGAACAUUUCAUGGACUUGACGGUUCUGAGCUCGUCGAAUCCUAUGUUCCCAGACUAUACGCCACACAAUGGAAGCGUCUUUUCUAUCAUAGAUAGUUUCAAGUACCAGGCACAGGAUGGCUCAGCGAAGUAUCUUCUGGAAGCAAAGGCGGAUUAUUUUGUCAUCGGCUGGAACGCUCUUGCCAAAAGUGAUGUGAUGGAGCCCUCGGAACCGACGAAGUUCAAAACAACACUGGAAGGUCUCAGCCUCUCUCUCGCAGUUCCUCAAGAUGCCUCUGAAGAUGAGAAAUCACGAAUAAACUCUCUACUGGAAGUCAGUGGGACAGCUCGAUCAGUCAUCCAUGGAGCGGUGUACGGAGUUCCAUUCAAAUGGGGAUCUAAACCUCCCAGUAAGGCUAAAAGGGUGGCCGAUAAAUUCGGCCCCAGCUUCACAAUGGAGCCACUAUCAGCUGGAGUCACACCUCUGGAUGGGAUCAUCACAUUUCUCCGGGCUCAUAAAGGUAGCUCCGAAGUGGAUGCAAUCUUUGGAGACGACACCGCCGACGAAGUUGCUGAAAUGGUGCUGACCAUGUCCGACUUGCUGUAUGCAGCGAAUGAUUCGUUCGAUGAGCGAGCGAAAGCGCAGGACAUCAAUACAUAUGACGCGUUGUACGGAAAAUCGAUCUCUUCGGGAUAUCAGUGGAAUUUCGCCGAGACGUCUGAGCCAGGAAAACCUCCAAAGUCACCAAGUCCGGAACAAUUCGCGACUCUGCUAGAUUUAAACGAGAAACAGGCUCGUUUUGACGCUCUGGAUAGAAAACUCGUUCAGUUAAGGCACGAAUUGUUUUGUGAAUGGUGGAAGUACGUUAGCGACAAAACAAAUAUCUUGAACACUACGCAAGACAAGUUUCGUGCCAAAGUUGAUGAUCUUGCCGGUCAGAUACGAAACCUGGAGAACUCCACUUCUGGCUUGACAGCCGACCUCGAGCAAGGAAAUCAGAACCCAUCUUUCAAGAGAGUGACCGAGGACCCGUUCUAUAUGCGUAAGGAGCCGACAGUGUGCAUAGCCGGCCUAGAGUCGGGUUGGCCAAAGGACUUCUUGGAUGUACUCCCCGUCAGGGUUGACAGUAUCUUGACACCAACAAGCGAAUCCAGUCUAGAACAGGAGAUCUUUCAAGGCAUCGCCAGUCCAUUUCCGGCUGCAAUACGAACAACAGCCCUAAAGAUUCUUGGAGAGUGCAGAGCUCAGACAAGAGACUCAGUAAUGCAGUCUCCUCGGAGAGGGUUUCAGUUCUGGGGAACUGAAAAUCCUUUCGAGCCGCUAUUUCUUGAGUGGGAAGCGCUUUACUAUCACAUUGACCGCUCGAAAUGGACGGUAGGAGUACAUCCAAGCCCCGUAGGGCUUCCAACUUCUCACCUUCGGUAUGGUGUGUCCGAAGUCUUAUCUCAGGAUCCGCAGAAUCAGCGUGACCGUCGGUGGAUUAGUGGUAGAACACUGAUCUUGCCUCAGCCUGUCUUCUCUUUGAAAGCCGCUGUCAAAGCAGUCAUCGACAGUGAUCCUAGCUCUCCAUUUAAGGACCCAGACUCUCAGGCAGAACUAAUGCGGGGUCUCGAGAUGCUUCAGUUUAUGUCUUGUCCACUUUCUGGACUCCAGGAACAUCUCACAACUCAAGUUAUCGGCACUCAUGUCAAACCUACGAUAAACAAGCCAGGCAAGACAAACAUACCUCUGAUCCCAGCCGCACAGCCUGACAUAGGCUUUGCGGAAAAUGUCUUAAAGUUGAUUGACUCCAUGAGUGACAUGACCCCCUAUGGCAAUUUGCAGGACUUUCCAGCUUCAGAAUACCCCAUGCCACCUUUCAAGUCGGUGACUCAUGGGCAACUCAUCAUCACUAAGCUGAAUAUUAUCGAUAAGUUUGGUCAAGGUGUUGCAUUACCCGCCCCAAAACGGAAACUCAGGGUCCCCCCAGAGGUCCCAGAAUGCGUCCACCCGUGCCUCAGCGACUUUCUCAUACCCGACAUCGUCAACAACCAACUGAACACAAUAUACCCUGAGGUACAAGCCCCAGACCACGGUACCUGGCCCAUGAGUCGGUUCAUGCAGUUGACACCAGCGAUCAACCAGAAUUCUCGCUUAAACGCCACUUUUGUCAACAAAUCAGAAAGUACGGGGUUCCCCUUUUGGCAUGAGACCGAGAAUGAUAAGCCAGAAUCUCCAAUCUUUGGAUGGAUUGUUGUCAACUAUCAAGAUCUUGGGCUCCAAUUUUUUCGACCAGAUGGUCGCUUUUAUCGCGAGGUUCGCGUCGGUGGCCCAGAAAAUGCGGUACUUGGUUCGAAAUGGUUGCCAUUUGAUCCGCCUGGAGCGAGCCAACAGACUGUUGCUUCUCAGCUUGAUGAGUUGAUCGCUAAAAUGAUUGAUAAGCGGGAUAAUGGAAAUUUCUUGAAGUCUUUCUUCCACAUGAUCAAUGGGGCUAUUCGAACGAUGCCAUAUGCCCCAUCUGAGUAUUCCGGAUAUGCAAAUGCGCUAGUUGGAAAGCCAUUGGCAUUAGUCAAUGCUGGUUUCUCAUUGGAGCUCGCUACACCAGCGUUGAAAGCUCAAAAUACACUGGGAAAAUUUCCCUUGAAUGAGCAGCAGGAGCUUAGUUCAUAUCAGUUCCCCGUCAAGCUGGGAGACGCCGAGCGACCUUUUGACGGCGUGGUGGGGUGGUUUGACACAGACAAUACAACAGAUGGCCGUACAAACUGGAAUAAGGUCUAUUCUUAUGCCCCUGAUCCAGAGAAUUCUGACUUUGAAAUGGCAUCACCUCGCAACUUCAUUCGUCUAUCUCCACACUACCUGGAUCCAGUCACGCUGAAGAUAGCAGGUACUGAUCGGGUUUAUCAAUCAUACAGACAAGCAAAAACGGCCCAAUACAUUAUCAAGACUAUGCUCAUCGAUCCAUAUACACCGGUUCAUACGUAUAGCCCGAUAUUGCCAAUCACAAGCCUCUCGCUUCCACCAUGGACCAUUCAGCAAGCUAUGACACGCAUGACCGCAUUCUUUCGCCUUGGACCCUGCCUCGUAUCCAGUGAUGUGCCGACAACAUAUGAUGAAUCUAGAAAGCUGGACCCAGAAACUUGGGCCGCACCUCAAGGAGACACAACUCAGUCACCGCCGAUGCCGGCCAUACGACUUCCCGUGUCUGGAAAACAUGGUCUCUGGCGAUGGUUACAGCCAUACGACGUGCCCGGCCCGAUCUCCGGAGAUCAUCACGAUACACGAUUCAACGAGAUGGACGUCAAUCAGGAGGAUACAGCAAUCCGCAAAGAUCCGCCACCAUAUACAAUGGUGGAGGGAUACUUGCAACUCGCAAGACCCCUUCUGCACAGUGAUGUUUCGACUCCGUCCCCAGGUGCUUAG